AAAAUAUUUUUAUGACUUAAAAAUAUUUUGAAAGUUGAAGUGUUAACAAGUAAAUAUUUAAAAAAAAUAAAAAUGUGUACUAAAACUCAGUUCAAUAUUCUAAUGGAUAAAAUUAAUUCGGGACUUCCAUCAUGUCCAAUCUCGUUAGAGUCGCUCCGUUCACGCCUACCAGACAUCAGUAGUUGGACUCUCGCCAACAUUUUCAAAGAUACGUCAGAGCCAUCGGAAGCCACGAUCAAUAGUUACAACAAGAAUAUCCAGACAGUUUGUGGUCUCAUCGAAAAUAGCUGCGAACUAACGGAAAACAGUAUUCACAUUAACGGUACUGUACACAAUAUAACAGCUGCACCUGGUGUAGUGCCAAUUUAUAAGAUACCACCAAAGAAUUUGGCUGCCAAAGCCAAGACAAAUUCCGGCAAAAAGAUGCCUGCAUUUAGGGGACGAAGGGGAUGGUGUGGAUGUUUGAAGGAUGACGAACCACCGGAGAUUUGCGUCGUCGAGGGAGUCUUUUCGCUCCAAACUCUCACACCCACACAAACGAUGCCCGCCAUCGACGAACUUGACCUCAAAUUCGCCGAACUCGUUGAGGAACUUGACCUCACUGCUCCCAACAAAGCUGCCAUGCUGAGUUUACCGCCGCAGAAAAAAUGGCAAAUUUACUGCUCGCGAAAGACCUCCACGGAUGACGUUGAUGCCCAAGGUCAUGCAAUUCCCUCUUCAGCACCGCCAACACCCGAAAGUUACGUCGAACAACUAAAGCAACUUUUGUCACAGAUGAAAUUUCUGCCCGAAGAUUCGCCGAUGCACGAAUACAAGCCAAAAAUCGAAUCGCAAAUUACGCUGAUUGACGCGCUAAAAACAGCUCUUCGCACCUCGGCGCACAGUUUUGUGAUACGUUUCAUCGAAUUUCAAGGUCUACCCGUGUUACUUGACAUUUUGCAGUGUCUCGAUAUCAGAGUAGCAAGUAGCCCGUUGCACACAAGUCUCAUUGGAUGCAUCAAAGCUCUCAUGAACAACUCGACAGGGCGAAGUCAUGUGUUGUCCCAUCCCACGAGUAUCGACACAAUUGCAAGAUCUUUGGCUGCCGACAACAUAAAAACCAAAAUUGCCGCCUUGGAAAUCCUGGGAGCAGUUUGUCUCGUGCCGGGCGGGCACAAAAAAGUCCUCACUGCGAUGCUAAAUUAUCAGGAAUUCGCAGGGGAAAGGGCGAGAUUCCAAAGUAUCGUCAAUGAUUUGGAUCGUUCGACAGGCGCUUAUCGUGAUGACGUCAAUUUAAAGACAGCGAUCAUGUCUUUCAUCAAUGCCGUGCUGAAUUACGGGCCUGGACAAGAAAAUCUCGAGUUUCGUUUGCACUUGCGAUACGAAUUUUUGAUGUUAGGUAUUCAACCGGUGAUUGACAAAUUACGAAAACACGAAAAUGAGACGCUAGAUCGGCAUUUGGACUUUUUCGAGAUGGUUCGAAAUGACGAUGAACGUGAAUUGGCGCGAAAAUUCAACGACGAACAUGUCGAUACGAAAAGUGCGUCGACGAUGUUUGACUUGUUACGUCGCAAAAUCAGCUAUUCGAGUGCGUAUCCGCAUUUAUUGUCGCUUUUGCAGCACAUGUUGUUACUUCCAGCGACGGGAAACAACACGCAACACUGGCUAAUGUUCGAUAGGGUCGUCCAACAAAUCGUCCUUCAACAAGUCCCGGGUUCUCGUCCUUCGAGCGGUGUCGAUCCCGAUCAACAACAACCCACAAACGACGAAAUUGUCGAUCCAGAUGUCGCCCCUGUCACAAUUGACGUCAAAAAAAUCGUAAAACUCCUCGUGAAGGAAGAAGAACUUGUCACCGCACGAAAUCGCGCCGAAGAUCUCGAAAAAGAAAAUGUCGAGAUGACAGCGCGUCUCGCGAAAAAGGAGCAAGAACUCGAUUUGCGACUUCAGGAGAAGGAAGAUCUCGAAACAAGUCUCGAUCGGAUGCGUGAACGUCUUGAAAAGGAAAGUGCGAAUCAUUCGGCGGCAGUGCAGAGGGCGCAACAAGCGGAAUUACGUGUCGAAGAUUUGCAACACAAAUUCCAAACGGAGCAGCAAGAACGAUUGCGACUCGAACGACUUGUUACAGAAGGCAGUAUUCCCGACGACCAAAAAGUCUCGAGUCUCGGCAUCAAUGGAGCAACUAGUCCAAUUCCGCCGCCGCCCCCAAUGACGAUGAAAUCGCCGCCAGCUCCGCCCCCAGCACCGCCCAUGUUUUGUCCUGUUCCUCCGCCGCCUCCCAAAGCUCCCGCAAUGCCAACUGCGAUGAAAGCAAAUUCGGCACAACUUUCGGCGCCAAAAACGGAAGCUCCGAAGAAGAAUGUGCCGCAACCUUCGAAUCCCCUGAAGAGCUUCAAUUGGUCAAAAUUGCCAGAUACAAAGUUGCAAGGAACAAUUUGGACCGAGUUGGAUGAGUCGAAGUUGUAUAACACGAUUGACUUGGAAAAUAUCGAUAAAUUGUUUUCGGCUUAUCAGAAGAAUGGAGUUGCGAAUGAUGGAUCAAUUGAAGAUUUGACGAAGUUUGGCAAGCAAAAAUCUAAGAUAAUUUCAGUUAUCGAUGGACGACGUGCACAAAAUUGUACUAUUCUUUUGAGUAAACUCAAGAUGUCGGAUGAGGAAAUUUCGAGAGCCAUCCUCUCAAUGGACUCAAACGAACAACUUCCCAUCGAUAUGGUCGAGCAAUUGCUGAAAUUCACACCGACAGCUGAAGAACGUGCCAUGCUGGAUGAACAUUCAGAAGAUAUUGAUGCUCUUGCGCGUGCCGACAGAUUUUUAUAUGAAAUUUCAAAAAUCCCUCAUUACGAGCAACGUUUACGAAGUCUUCACUACAAAAAACGUUUCUCCAUCGCCGUCAACGAUUUGCUCCCAAAAAUCGCGAGUGUCAUGGAGGCAUCGCGAGAAGUUGCCCGUUCGCGUCGCUUGAAGAAACUCUUGGAAGUCGUUUUGGCAGUUGGCAAUUACAUGAAUCGCGGUGCUCGCGGAAAUGCUUCAGGUUUCCGUCUUGCGUCUCUGAAUCGUUUGGCUGACACGAAAUCGAGUUCGGCAAAGGGAACGACUCUCUUGCAUUAUUUGGUGCAAAUUGUCGACACGAAAUUCAAGGACACGUUAAAACUGGAGGAUGAUUUGCCGCAUGUGCGAGAAGCUUCGAAGGUUUCCGUGGCGGAAAUGGAGAAAGAUAUGUCGUUUUUGCGCGCCGGCUUGGCUGAUGUCGCACGCGAGAUGGAAUUCCAUCGCAGUUCGGGAAAUACGCAGCCUGGUGAUAGAUUUUUGCCUGUGAUGAGAGAAUUUCAUGCAUCGGCAUCAGUUAGAUUCUCAGAAUUGGAGGACAAGUAUCAAGAUAUGAAGACGAGAUUUGAUCGUGCAAUUCGCUUAUUUGGUGAAGAUAGCUCCGUCGUUCAACCUGAUGAGUUCUUUGGAAUUUUCGAUAAUUUCCUUACAUCGUUCAUGGAAGCCAAACACGACAAUGAAAACUUCAAGAAACGUCAAGAAGAGGAGGAAAAACGCGCAAAACAAGAAGCAGAGUUAAAGAAACGCACCAUCGAGCGCAAAUCAAAGGAUGGUCUUCUCAGCAGCAUCGGCAACAAGCUCGGCUUAAAGGGCAACGAUUCAAAACAACAGCAGCAGGACAACAACAAAGGCGAGUUUGACGACUUGAUCUCUGCACUUCGUACGGGCGACGUGUUCGGCGAAGAUAUGGCCAAAUUCAAGCGUUCCCGCAAAAAGGGCGCCAACGGUCAAAAUACUUCGCCUCCGCGUACCCGAAACGGAGUCAGCAGAGAAGAUAGUCGCGAACGCACCGGAACACCGAGUAGAAAGAAUUUUAAGACAACGAAACUCGAUACAUUAAGCAAACAAAAAAAAAGUCUUGGAACAACUUGUGCUCAAACCAAAAUUUAGAGAUUUUUAAAUAAGGCACAAGAAAAAUUUUUUUCGUUAAAAUUUCUGUGUGUUUGAAUGUGAAAAACAUUUUUUUUGUAAAUAAAAAAAUAUUUAUUAGAAAAUUUGGAAAUAAAAAAAAAAUUAAUUUAUAAAAUAAAAAAAAAUAAUUUAUAAUGGAAAGCCGUAGGA